AGCCCUCCCACUGACGUCACUUCCGCCCUCCAUACCCAGCCUCUUUUUCUCAUUCAGCUAUGUCAUGCCGUUAGAGCGGAGCGCAAUUUAAUCCGGCACGUUGGCUUCCGGUUCUCUUGUCAGCAUGGCUUUACAGGGUGAUGAUAACUGGUCUCCCCCAUCUGAGUCAGACAUGAAAAUUUUGAGAGCUCGCCAAGAGCGUCAAGACAAGGUUAGCCGGUUGAUGGGAGAUUAUCUGUUAAAGGGAUACCGAAUGCUUGGUGACAGCUGUGAUAUAUGUGGAACGAUAUUGUUACAGGACCGACAGAAGAAAUUACUCUGUAUCUCUUGUCAAGAACUUGAUUCUGACACUGAAAAAGACAACCCAGCCUUGAAUCCUCAGGCUGCUCUUUCUCAAGUGCGAGAGCAUCAGCUGUCUCUACAGGACGACCCUGCUCCAGAUGUCCCUGCUUGUGUUCUUCCCAGAUCAAACCCUGAUCCUGUCCAUGCAAAGCCCACUAUCCCCGAUGCUAUCUUUUCUGCUGAAGCUGCACUUUUGGAGAAAAUUAGCUGGGCCUCGCAUCAAUUGAAAGAAACUAGUUCUGUGGAAUAUAGCUCUCAGUUAUGUGCCCUUAUUGGUUCUUGUGCCCAAAGCCUGCGAUUUCUUCAAGAUCUUCGCCACUGAAGUCUGAAGAAGCACAGUUAUUUAACAGAAUUAGUUCAGCUUGUCAUUAUUGCAGUUUUAUUUUUGAAUAUAUUUUUCUUGAAUGAUAUCACAAUAAAUUAUUAAUCUCCAUUUUA